AUGCCAUUUGUCGCCUUUGAACUAUUUGGGACUCUAUGCACAUUUGACAAGGUUGUCCAGAAAAUAGAAGCAAUACUCAACAAGCAACAUCAAAUUCAUGAUAAACAAGCAAAGAACUUCUUUUACAAUUGGUACAACACUGCUCUACGUGAUUAUAUUGCUACAUCAUUUGCUGGGAGAUAUUGCCCGUUGAAAAAAGUGCUAAGAGCUACUUUACAAAGAGCAUUGAUUAAUGAGGGAUAUACGAGUCAAAUAGACGAGGACCGGUUCCUAGAGGUCCUAGACGCGAUAGGACCUUGCAGCGAUGCUAUUGAAGCACUAAAGAUAUUAAGUGAUAAGAAGGAAUGGGAUAUUUGGAUAUUAUCAACAAGUGGGAACCGUUCCGAGACGAUUGAAUUCCUAAAACGGAUGAAUAUGACAGACUAUGUAGAUACCCAAAAUAUUUUGUGCUGUGAUGACCUGUGUACCUCGAGACCGCAUCCCAAAGUUUAUUCUGAGCUCAUGAGAAUGGCUGUACAUCGAACAAAACGUAUAGAGAACUUUUACUUGAUCAGCACUUAUGCAUUUGAUCUAGCCAGUGCAAAGAACAUGUCGUUUCGAACCGUGUUCCUAAAUACCCAUGAAAAAAUCUAUGCAGCUGACAUGUACAGCAAUGGAGAACCAAACAUAAUAGGAAAUAACCUCGUUCAUUGUAUACAACAGAUGAUAGAAUAUGAAAAGACGAAAAAGUUUUUGUAA